AGAAUGAGACCAAGUCAUAGUCCAAGAGGCAAAAGAAAUAGAGUGUGGGAAUAAAGACAAAAUGGAAUCAAGUCAUGUUAUAUCCAUUACAAAUGAAGAAGAUAGCAACAACAAUAUUGCUCAAAUGAAGAAAGAAACAAACACUCAUAUUGGAAAAAAUAAAAUCAACUGUUCUUUUGUUCCAAGGGACAACAAUAAGAGGAAGAUAAAAAGUGAACAUGACAUUAAGAAGAUGAUUCAUAGCAUCAAAGUAGGACUCUCACUUGUUUUGGUUUCACUUCUUUACAUUAUAAAUCCUCUCUUUGAUCAAGUUGGUGAAAAUGCAAUGUGGGCUAUCAUGACUGUUGUUGUCAUCUUUGAAUUCAAUGCAGGAGCUACACUUGGAAAAGGCUUCAACCGUGGAAUAGGGACUAUUGUUGGAGGAGGAUUGGGAUGCUUAGCAGCAAUUUUGGCACAAAACAUUGGAGGAGUUGGCAACUCAAUUUUCAUUAGUACUUCAGUAUAUAUCUUUGGAUCAUUUGCUACAUAUUUUCGACUAGUUCCAAAAAUAAAGAACAGAUAUGAUUAUGGAGUGGUGGUAUUUAUGCUAACAUUCAAUCUAGUAGUGGUAUCUGGGGCACGUCCAGGAGUUAAAGUUUGGGAAUUAGCAAGAGAACGUUUAUUGACAAUCCUAAUGGGUUUCAUUGUUGCUAUUUGUGUCAAUUUAUUUGUUUAUCCUUUGUGGGCCAGUGAUGAACUUCAUGAUUCCAUUGUCUCUAGAUUCCACCAUCUUGCAAAUACAAUUCAAGGUUGCUUAGAGGAAUGUUCAAAAUCAGUCAAGGAAAAGGAAAAUCAACCCGAUGCUACCAACUUCACAGUUUGCAAGUCAGUGUUGAACUCCAAGUCAAAGGAUGAAUCAUUGGCAAAUUUUGCAAAGUGGGAACCUUGGCAUGGAAAAUUUGGAUUUUCCUACCCAUGGGAAAAAUACUUAAAGAUUGGAGAGAUUCUUCGAGAACUAGCUUCACUCAUUCUUGCGUUGGAACGUUGCCUCCUAGCCUCAAAAAAUCCCACUGCAACUUUGAAGCGAUCAAAAGCCCAAUUAGAACAGUGUGAAGCAAUUGGGUCAAGGGUUGUUUGGACUCUACGAGAAGUUGGAGAUAGCUUGAAAAAAAUGAGAAAAUGUGAAGAAAGGGAAAACAUUAUAGCUAAGUUGAAAACAACUAGAGAAGAGUUGAGUUUGGUGAUUUCAACCUCCAAUAUUUCAGAAUUUGAGAAUGGUGAAAUGCUAGCAAUUGCAAGCUUGGUGUUUUUGCUUAUGGAAGUGGUUGAGAAGGUAGGUGAAUUGGUUAUAGAGGCCGGGGAACUUCAAGAUAAAGCCGGUUUUCGCACCCGUGUGACUCCAGUCUCUUCAUAGAUAUAUGAUAAAGUUGGCGGUAGAAAAUCUAGAUUUCUAUAUGUAUAUGUACAUAUAUAUGAAGUUAUUAGUAUUAAGUAUUAACCACUCAAGAUUUUGUCUCAUAAACUAUAAAUGGGCUUGAGUGCGUUAUCUAAUUUCUAAGUUCUAAGUAAUUGACGUAUGUGUCAAUAUAAAAAAAAAGGUAAUUGACGUAGUAUAUGAUACAAAUUAACCGUCUUUGUACCAUGAUAAUGAAAAAAAUAAAUAGAAAUAAAGGCUUAAAUAAAUAUUCUAUUUUCUAUUUAGCAAGUUGCACAAUAACAACAGCAUUGUUGUAAUCACCAGCAACAAUAAAAUUAUUGAGCUCAUCCACAUAGGGUUCAAA